AUGGUUUGGAACUCGAACAUGAACUCCAUAAUUAAUGAGACUCCUAUUCGUCCAUCUUCGAGAUUUUUACCAGGGCCAAAAAUGCCUACCUAUAAUGACGUCAUGGAAGAGUUCCGUAGCAAUGGGGUCGACUUACCAUAUGAACCUGAAAACGACACACUUUUUAAAAUAGGCUUAACAGGCUUUGGUCCAGCUAGAGAGUACCUCACCCAAAGAUCGUGCCCAGAAGCUAAAAAUAUAUACCCGACUGCAGCCAACUACGGGAAAAUUUCUCCCCUAUCUUUUGAUUCGGGGAUUGGACAACCAAAUUCGCCCAUUCGUCAGUCGGAGGUUUCUUUUCCACAUCAAACGUCAUUUGGGAUAAAUAUGGCCACACGUGCACAGGAAGCUUCAUACGGCCAAGAUUCACUAAUACCCGAUGAAACUACUGUUGGUGUUCUGAAGAACUACCUGAAUGAGGAGCAGAUUCAGCUGCUUAACACGAUACCCUCGAAGGCUCUCUACUUCUUCAUAAACUAUUAUAGGAAGAUUGCCCCGAAGAAUAAAAUUGUGAAGGAUAAGACAUGUCGCUUUUGCAAGAACAAUGGCGAGUGUGAGGCAGUGUACCGCAGUCACAGACUGCGUACGGAAGGGAAGCUCUCGUGUCCCGUACUGCGACAUCUUGUGUGCGAGCGCUGUGGCGCAACUGGCGACGACGCGCACACCAUCAAGUACUGCAAAGCUACUACUCCUGAGGAACGCAAACACUACGAGUUACUAAUGUACAACAGGCGCUUGACCUCAGUUACUCGCCCUUACGCACGGCCCUUAUCUAGGGAAUUAGACAGCGCCUUUAUGGAGGAGGUUUCAACUAGUUUCCCACUUGAGGGCUCUUAUCGCAAUGAGCUGCCCCCGCAGUGGUUGGAAUUGGAAAGGAAACUAUCUAUGCAAUAA